CAAAUCCACACACGAGAGAAGAAAACGAGACACGGAAAGAGUGAAGAAUUUUCGUUUCUCAGAUCCAUUUCCGCCGUCAAUUUAACCGGAUCUUGGCCUUCCGGUUGAAGAUUACAUCACCGAUAAAGUAACGCUUUUUUGAUCUGUUGAAUUCUGUUUGUUGGCCGUGGAGAUGGCGUCCAGUACGUUACGGAAAGCGAUCGGAGCAGUGAAGGACCAGACGAGCAUAGGCAUAGCGAAAGUGGCUGGUACCACGGCGCCCCACAUCGAGGUUCUCGUCGUUAAAGCCACCAGUCACGACGAGGAACCGGCUGACGAGAAGUAUUUCCGAGAGAUCGUGAACGUCACGUUGUAUUCGAGGGAAUUCGUGAGUGUUUGUAUGGGUACGCUAUCGAAGAGACUGAGCAAAACCCGUGAUUGGGUUGUGGCGCUUAAGGCCUUAAUGCUUGUGCACAGGCUUUUGGUUGAUGGGCAUCGUAAGUUUGAGGAGGAGAUCGUGUAUGCGACGAGGAGAGGGAUGAGGAUUUUGAAUAUUUCCGGUUUCAGAGAUGAAGCCCAUUCCAAUUCCUGGGAUCAUGCUGGGUUUGUGAAGUGCUAUGCGAUGUAUCUUGAUGAGAAGGUGGAAUUGGUGUUGUUUGAGAGAAAAUUCAAGGAUAAGGAAGAGAGGGUUGAUGAUAAAUUGGAUGGUGUUGGGCCUUACAGGCGAGAUGAAGGAGGAUUUAGGGAUGAUUAUGAGUAUGAAACGCGUAGGAGGUCGAGUUCCUAUGGCGAUGUAAAUGAAUCAAUUGGGAGAGAACAGAAAAAGGAGUCUACCCCGAUUAAGGAAAUGAAGCCAGAGAGGGUUUUGGGGAAAUUGGGUCAAUCAUUGAGGAUUCUUGAUAAGGUUUUGGCUUGUAGGCCAACUGGAAUGGCUAAAGAUAGUAGAUUGGUGUCUGUUGCUCUUUACCAUGUUGUGAAGGAGAGUUUCGGGUUAUAUGUCGAAAUCUGUGAGUUAUUGGGGGUGUUGUUGGAUAUGUUUACAGAGUUGGAGUAUGAGAAUUGUCUGAGGGGUUUUGAUAUGUACGUUAUGGCAGCAAAGCUGAUUGAUAACCUUAUUGUGCUCUAUGAUUGGUGCAAGGAUAUGGGUAUUGCUAGAUCGUCAGAAUUUCCUGAGGUGAAGAGGGUUACAGUUCAACUUUUGGGGACUCUUGAGGGAUUUUUGAAGGAAAUGUUAAGCGGAGGAAAGAAGAGCCCUGAGAGAAUUCAGAAUGAAAAGGCUCCAGUGAAGGAGGAGCAGCAAAUAAAUAUGAAUGAGGUGAAGGCUCUUCCUGCUCCAGAGAAUCAUGCUCCAAUCCGUACUACGUCUCCACCAGAGCCUCAACAACCAAAACCUCAGCCUCAGCUGGUGGUGGUGACCGAGGACUUGGUGAAUUUGAAGGAUGAUGUUUCAGCCGAUGAGCAAGGCAACAAAUUUGCAUUAGCCCUAUUCUCUGGACAGCCAGCUGCGAACGCCAAUGGUGCCUGGGAAACAUUCCCAUCCAAUGGAGAACCUGAACUGACUUCAGCAUGGCAAACACCAGCUGCCGAGACUGGCAAGGCAGACUGGGAAUUGGCAUUGGCAGAGUCAGCAAGUAAUCUGUCGAAGCAGAAGGCUACGAUGGGGGGUGGUUUUGAUCCAUUGUUGCUCAACGGAAUGUAUGAUCAAGGGGCUGUGAGGCAACAUGUGAGCAACGCCCAACUGAGUGGUGGGAGUUCUAGUAGUGUGGCAUUGCCUGGACUAGGCAAGAAUGGUACCACACAAGUCCUAGCAUUGCCUGCUCCAGAUGGGUCUUUCCAACCUGUUGGUAACCAGGACCCUUUUGCGGCAUCUCUCUUGGUGCCACCUCCUUCUUAUGUGCAGAUGGCAGAAAUGGAGAGAAAGCAACAAUUACUUGUGCAGGAACAGCUGAUAUGGCAGCAGCACGGAACGAAAGGGAUGCAAGGUCAAGUGGGUUACUACAACCAUGGGAUGGUGCACCCAGGAGGGUAUUACCAUACACAUUACUGAAUUUGAGCAUUUUUUUUAGAAGGGCUUCUACUUCCUUCAUGGACAUUUGCUAUAGCUCACCUUUUUGUCGAACAAAUUGGCUUCUAUAUCUGCUAUUUUCCGGUGUUUUCAUGUGUAACGAGUUGCAUAUAAUUGGGUUGCUUGUCCUACUUUUUCUA